UUCCGAUUUCCUUUUAUCCCCCCCCCCCUUUUCCUCUUUCUUUACCAUUGAACAAUCCACUUUAAAUAUUAUUGAUCUAUGGGGUGCUUCGAAAAAGGACCAUCCAUGGAGGCGGGAGGCGGUAUAAAUGAACGUAUGGAAGUUUCUUCUUCUGAAAAAAGAACUAUUUUCGACCAAGAUCAAGCUCAUGAUGUUAUACUGUUUGAUAUUUCUUGCAAUAAAAAAUGGGCAGCUUAUGUCACUUAUCAGAAAUCUAAAUUGACGAAAGACUCAAAUGUUACGAACGAAAACAAUGAAGAACGAAUUUUUAUUACAAGGCGUAAAUUUUAUGAAGUCGAUCAAAAACAUCCAUCUUAUUACGAGGCUGAGCCCACAGAACCAAGUGUUGUUGAGCAUUUCAGUCUUGAAAUAACCGAACAUGUCAAAAAUGCGGGGCUUAACCAUUGCAAGUUUUUAUCAGUAUCCCCCGAUGGAGAAUACGUUGUCAUGUCAUUUUUUGAAAGAAAUAUGAUUGGAGAAAUCCCUAAAAUCAAGGAACCUGAAAACAAGCACUGUCUCAUUUUUGAAGUUCAAGAUAACAAGAAUUUGCGUCUUAAAGAUAAAAUAAUAUGUGAUGGUCGUGCUGUGUUUAUUGGCAACGAGACGUAUCAACUUGCCAUCAUUAGUACAAAUGUUGUUGAAGUCUAUGCUAAAUUUCCCGGCAAUCUUUCAGUCACUGAUGUAUAUGAUUUGUCCCCAUUUCUCUCAGGAAAACAGCAACAUGAGGAGCUUCGCAAAGAUGACCUGUACAUCCAAAAUGCCUCGUGGGCUGAUAUCGUAACACACUCAGAAAACGCUGAUAUAAAGAGAAUUAUGAUGCUUUCUAGGCAUAUUCGGCACAAUAUUGUGACCACACAUUUUGUUGGAAAUAUUGCCCGUGUUUGGUCUAUCGCAGAGGAUGGUGUUCGUUUUACCUCGUUUCGUGCCAAAGAAGAAAAUAUUGUGGCUUUCUCUAAAAACUAUAAAUACACCGCCACGCAUUUGGAAAAUACUAAAUCAAUCAAUAUAUACAAUGUCAAAAGUGGAUUACUCGUUUAUCGAUUAAAGUCUCAAGCGAAGUGGAGCCCAGAAUUUAAAGUUUCACACAUUCGAUUUUGUUAUGGCGGUAGAUACGUUGCCAUGUCAGGCAUUGAAGGUGACAAUGUUAGCUUUGAAGUCUGGUAUAUCGAAGCCGAAAAAUCGAUCUACAGAAAAACCAUUCAAGCUAAGACAUCUCUAGGCUUAACCCGAUGUAAAAUUGUAUAUCCAUUUGUCACACGCGGAACCAAUGAAAAUGGCAUCAAAUGCUUGAAAGGAAUUUACACAUGUUUCGAGAAUGAUAAGGCGAUUACUGGUUUUGUCGAGUUAAAAAUCGAUCAAAAAGCCGAGAUUGAUUGGCAAACUGGUCAAAGACAACCUUAUAGAGGAGGAAAUUUUGAGAUAUACAACAACUUGGGGGAUUUCAAUGGACUUAAAGGUGCUUAUAUUGAAGCGGAUAAAAAGGAAUGUAUGAUUCGUUUUGGUCAACAUACAGUACAGCUUUGGAAGUUGGCAGAGGGUAGAAAUCAAAAGAACUCACCCAUUACCGACGAAGACGAAUUACUUUAUAUCCGAGCUUACAAAGGACCAGAUUAUGGUGUUGAGUAUUCAUUUCGAGAAAAUUGGCAAAUUCAUGAUUUUAACAGCAUAAGGUUUAUCCAAGGAGAACCAUCUGGAAGAGUAUUAGUCAACAUCACAGAGAACAAAGAUAAUCAAUCUGAUUCGACUUAUCAUACCGAGGAAUUAUUUUUACCUCUGGAGGAACCCGCUAGUAAGCCUGGCACACCAUGUUUUGAAUUAUCUACCACCAUGGAUUUGGACUCAGCUCAAGAGAAUAAUAGAGAUAUGCUGCUUUCCAAAACUGAAGCUAUCAUAAAAUCCGCGGUAAAAGAUAUUCAUAAAGAAUCCAACUUUUUUUCGACAAUUUCAGGAAGUAGAACAUUGGCUAUGCUUGCUUCAUUUGAAAGUGGAAGAGAAAUUAUCAAAUUGAUUAUUGCUAAAGAGCUGCCUAUUAGUAUAUUUAGUGAUCCUAGAUAUGUAAAGGAUGUGGGGAUUGAAGAUGAUGAACAAUUCUGGAUAGACCAAAGACAAAGGGCUUUGGAAUUCUGGGUAGAUCAAAAGCAAAAGCUCUUCUAGAAUUGGUGCACAAUCGGAGCAUGACGUGCCUGCCGAACCAGAAACAGAAUAUCGAAGUUCUUCUGUAAAAACACCAUCAACCGAGAAAUGUGCAAAUCAGUCUAUUGCAGGAAAUGAAAACGUUUUGACCGUCUUAAUUGAAACCCUCAAUUAUGAUCUAUACAAGCUGAUCU